UGUAAGAUAUUCAAAAUGGCUUCUCAAAGUGUAGUUUUUGUAGCAGUUUGUAUCUCUUUGAUCUCCCUUACUGGUGGUGGUAAUAAGAAUGCAAUACCAUCUUUGAAGAUAUUCGUAGUAGGAAGGACUGGAUCUGGUAAAUCUACUCUAAUUAAUGGACUUUUUGGAAGUGAAAAGGCUGAAGUUGGGGAUGGCUUGGAUGCUCAAACAAAAGAUAUUGAAUGUUUUGUGGAACUUUAUCAUUCAGAAGGAUCAGAAACGCAACAAAAAUUCAAAGUUACCAUUUGUGAUUCUCCAGGAUUUCGAGAUCCUACUUUUAGUAACAGUGAUGAAGAGUAUGCAAGAAUGCUGCAAGCAUGUGUACCCAAAGAUCCUGACCUUGUAUUGUUUGUUGUGUCUAUGGAAGAAACACGUUGGACUAGAGAUCAAAUUGAAACCGUCACUCAAGUUAAUAAAGUAUUAGGCAAAGAGAUUUGGAAAAAUACUCUUCUUGUACUGACGUUUGCAAAUAAAGUUAAUGAUGUUGAAAAGAAAAAUGAAUUUUUAAAGAAGUUUGUUCAGUCACUUGACAAAAUAGGAGUAAAUACUGAUAACAUGUCAGUAGCUUUAGCUGGUCACUUAUCGAAAGGUGAAGGAGAUCAUUUGCCAAAGCAUGGAAUUAAAUAUUGGUAUACAGAGCUCUUAAUCAAGGGUGUAAAACGAGUAAAAACGAAAGGUCUAGAUGCAUUAAUGCUUCUCAUUUUAAAAAAUAAAGAUAACGUUACACUUACAGAUAAAAAUAAAGCAAUUCUUUGUAAUAUUUUCAACAACAGAGCAUCUAGGGCAGUUUUUGCAACAGUACUUUUUGCAACAGCAGCAAUAAUGUCACCAUUUGGAUUUUUGGUUACUGGUCUUGUUAGUACUGGAGCUGCUGCAGCUGGAUAUUGGAGUACCACUACUCUGGAUGAAUUUUGCAGUGAAUACGACUCACAUGAUGAAUUAUGAAUACUAAAUAAAAUUUUUGUAGAU